GUCACAUGGUAUAAAUGGUAAUGAUUCGUGGCCCAGACGAUAGUUGGCUGCUGACACUCGACUGAAAGAUGGUGCACCUCCGAGUCCUCCCACUUCUGGUCCUUAUUGGAAUCGCUGCAGGAGCCGAUGUUAAUAUCUGUGAGAAUGUGGCUAAUAAUCUCUUUGUGCCGCAUGUGAGCAACUGCAGCGAGUACUACCUUUGCAUGGAGGAGGUGGCCGUUCCUCGGUCGUGUCCCAAUGGGUACUUCUUCGACGCUCGCACUCAAGAGUGCGCGGAGUUGAUGGAGACUGAGUGCAUCCAGUCGUGCAAGGGCCGGGGUCUGUCCUCGUUCGGCUAUGCCCGCACCUGCGACAAGUACGUUCUCUGCUUCGACAAUACCCCAGUGAUCCGACAAUGCGCCGAAGAUCUUCAGUACAACGACCAGACCGACCGGUGCGACUACCCCCAGUACGUGGAUUGCGCCGAGAACCUAUGCAUCCGUCAGAACAAUCCCCAGGCAAUCGUCUACGCAGCCAGCAAGGCGCGCUGCGACAAGUACUACAUAUGCAUGGAUGGUCUUCCCAUAGCCCAGAACUGCACUUCUGGCCUACAGUUUAACAAUAAAACCGACAGCUGUGACUAUCCCUCGAAUGUCGAGUGCGAGGUGGAAACCCUCAAGCGCAACAUUCUACCCUUCGCCCGCGCUCCUCCACGGAGGGCCACUAUCGACUGUCCUGCGGAGGGGGCCCACUUUAUAGCCCACGAAAAGCGGCAGGACGCCUACUACUACUGCCUGAACGGACGCGGUGUUACCCUGGACUGUACUCCCGGCCUGGUGUUCGAUGCUCAGAUCAGCGAAUGCCGUCUGCCUUAGCUUGAAGGUGCCAAGUUUUAAUAAUAAAUAUCUGCAUUUGCCAGCACA